AAUGAUUAAGGAAGCGAGUAAACAGCACGCUCCUUAUGCGGCGAUAGAUAUUGUUGUUGGCGUCUCAAUUGAGAUACAGCAAUAAAGCAGUUAAGGAUUCGUGUUUAGUAAGGUGGUUGUACAAUCACACUCUCAACUCUCAAGUCUCAACUGAACGAACGAAAAGAAAAGUUAAAAGACCAUAAACCCUAGUCCAAUCUCUUUCGCCCUUUUAUCGACACGUGUCAUAAGCCACAGCCUCGCCACGGAUUUUAUUUUUCUUGUUCCAUUAUAAACCAAAACCCCGUCUCCAAGUAACACCAAUAUCCAAUCUCUUCUCUCUUUCUCUGAGAACUUCGUGUUGUUUCAUUAAACAUAGUUCAGUAACAACCAUCUUCAUCUUCAGUUUUGACUGAGAUGACGAAACCUAGUACUAGUACUAGUAGUUGUUCUCAGCAUCAGCAUCUAAAUGUUGGUGUUGCCAUGGUCAUGGAUGAAACUGAGUUUGAAGUUGCAGAAAUUUUACUGCAACUUCCGCAACUAAUUUUUGAAUCGGAGUCUUUUCAUCGGUCUUCUUUUAGUUCUUGGGGAAGAAAGAGAAGAAGAUCUUCUAAAGCUGAGACCCCUACUUUGCCUCCCCUGGGUCCUACCUGUGAGAUUGAAAAGCCUAAAGCUCUGAGUCCCGCAACGCCUCUCUUGUUCUCUCCCAGUGAAUCUGAUGACAAGUUUAAGCACUCUAAAAGAAAGGUUUCUGUUAAAAGGACGAAAGAAGAAUGCUUGGAAAAGAUUAAAGAGUUAACUGAACGCAAAGAGUUUUUCAAAGAGGAAAUAAAGAAUGUACAACGCUAUUACGAUGAACAGAAACUUCUGAAUUUGAGGCUGAAAGCAAAGAAACAGAUGCUAAUUCUUGGUCUUCCGAAGGAAGAGUCACAAAGCCAAUCGAGCAUAAAUAGUGCAGCCGUAUUGGAUAUUCAAGUUGAGCAGCAGCAGCAGCAAAAUUCUUACUUGGUACAUCAUCCACCGUUGAUGAUGGAUGAUACGGCUCAUAGGAAGGCCUGUGGGGAAACAGUGGGUAGUGGAGUUUGUCUGUUUGAUCUAAACCUCUUACCGGAGGAGUCUUGUGGGAUUGAAGCAGUAAACGUGAGAGGUGUUGAUAAGAGUGAAAGGAAAGCGUUGGCUGCUGAAGCAAGACAUAGAAGGAUUCAAAUAUGGAGGUCUAAGAACCCUAAUGUUAAACUACGUUAUCCCAUUUGUAGAUGA